AUGCCUCGUCCCGCUACCUUGCAAGGGUCCCAGCACCAUGUCAGCUUCAGCACCUCCAGAGAACGUGAGUUCUACCGGUAUUUGCCACCCCACCACCUGCAAUCCCAGGCUCUGCAGCACUUCGAUCGAGACACCCCAUCCUCCGCUUUCGUCGCCCGAUCCUCCUCCGAUGCUGUGCUCACGGCAUUCGCCCAGCUGGGCGCUUUGCGGCUCGAUGCCAAACGCGCCACGGUCUCCCUGUUCGGUCGACACGAGCAGCACGUGCUCACCGAGGCCACGCGCACCCUGAGUCUGCAGGACGACACCGACCACAAGGAGCGCGAUCAACUGUGGAUGGGCAGUUGUACCGUUUCGUAUGACCGCAGCUUCUGCAAGGCCAUUGCGAAUCCUCCGCAGAUCUCGGACGACCCCCAUCGCAUGCUCGUCGUGCCGGACCUGACCCAGGAAGAGGAAUACAGAGACCACCCCGAUGUCCGGAGCUAUCCAAAUAUUCGCUUCGUGGCGUGCAGUCCGAUCAUCAGCCCCAAGGGCAUCGUGAUCGGCGCCUAUACCGUUUACGAUGACAAGCCCCACGGGCCGCUGGACGCCGAUCUCACCAAGUUUCUGAGGGACGUUGCCUCGACGGUCAUGGACUAUCUCGUCGCCACCCGGUCUCGAACUCAACACCUUCGCAGCGAGCGCAUGAUCGUCGGCAUAGGGAGUCUACUGGAGGGGAAAGGCAGUUUGCGCAGUUCGUGGGUAGACGCGACGGAUGACAUGCGCACGCACGUCGAAGAGAAGGACUGGGAGGGCCACAUCGACCAGGAGCAGCAAGAAAAGCAGGCUUCCGAUGAUGUCCUUCAAGCCAUGGGACGCAAAGACCCUCAGGGGAGUUUGCCCUUCCGCCCGCACAAUUUUAAUACGUCUCGCGGUCAGAAAGCCACGGCGCAGGAUGCGCAACAGCAGGCAUUGACCGACUCGAAGAUUAGCACCAGAGACCAUUUCCAGGCCCGACCGCGGCACAAACGAGCGCCUCACGCCACCAUCACUGAAGACGAGGGCUCCCGAAAGCAAUCACCCAAGGCCUGCUAUACGACUCAGGUGAAGGACGCGUUCUCACGCGCGGCCAACAUCAUCCGCGAGAGUAUGCAGGUCGAAGCUGCCGUUUUCUUUGACUCCAACUCCGGGUCCCACCGGUGCUCGUUGGACAAUUCAAAAUCCGAUACGGACAGCAGCAGUAUGGAAAGUUGCUCGUCCAGCGACGAGGGGGUGAAAGCUCGAAGCGUCAUCAUGCGACAUGAGCUUUCUGCUGAAGCCCAAACCGAGAACUCCGGCAAGUCCACCGUCCAUUCGUGUCAGAUACUGGGCUUCGCCACUUCGGACGCCUCCAGCGUGAACAACCAGGAGCUGAACGAUCCCCGGAUUGCACUUUCGGAGAAUUUCCUGGAAGGCCUCUUGCACCGGUACCCUCGCGGCAAAAUCUUCAAUUUCGGUGAGGAUGGAUCGAUCUCGUCGGAGGACACCAGUGAUGGGGUUUUCAAAAACAUGCGGCGCAGUGGAGGCAAGAGGUACAAGAAAACACACAAGGCUUUCUUGCGCCAGGACGCCGCGACGCUCCUCCAGCUUGCCCCCAACGCCCGGAGCAUCGCGUUCUCCCCGCUUUGGGACUCGCACAAGGAGAGAUGGUUCUCAGGCUGUCUUUCGUGGACCACCGCGCCUCACCGGGUCUUCGCGGCGAAUGACGAACUGGCGUUUCUCUUUGCGGUUGGGAACUCUCUCAUGGCGGAUGUUCACCGGUUGGGCUCCGUGUUUGCGGAGCGGGCCAAGUCGGACUUGCUCGCGGGAAUCAGUCAUGAGCUUCGAUCUCCUCUGCAUGGGAUCUUUGGUACCAUCGAGAUUUUAAACGAUACCGUAAUGGACGCCCUGCAACAAGGAUUCGUGCACACAAUCUCCUCUUGUGCGUUCACACUAUUGGGCUCGAUCGACCAGCUUCUGGAGUAUGCCAGCAUCAACGAUGUUCGGCCAAGCUCUCGCAUAAUCAACGCACCUGGUCGCCUUGAGGUCAAAUCUAAUCAGGGGGUACAACCCGAAAGGUCCGACGAGACGUCUACCGUUCAACUCGACGUUGCGGUGGAGGAUGUGGUCGAGACCGUCUUUGCGGGGCAUUGCUUCUUCAGUCACUCCGGCACUCCUCUUUGGGGCUCGAAUAGCAACCCCUUCGAUUUGGAAAAGGGAGUCAGGGUGGUCUUGGACGUGGACCGCACGCAAAGUUUUAAGUUUUUGACCCGACCCGGAGCCUGGCAUGUGAUUAUGACGAAUAUCUUUGGAAAUGCCCUGAAGUUCACACAGGAAGGGUACAUUUACGUCUCUCUGAAGGCCGAUCCAGUCGACACCGACGCCAAUGGUCAGGUCAUCCGGUCGACGGUCACGCUCCGUGUCAGCGACACCGGAUGUGGGAUGGAACAAGACUUCGUCCGGAAUCAGCUAUCCACGGCCUUCUCUCAGGAAGAUAGCAUGUCAACCGGGAAUGGCCUGGGGUUCAAUAUUGUACGCCGAAUAGUGUCGUCCCUUGGCGGCGACAUCCAUGUAGAGUCUCAGAAGGGAGUUGGCACUGAAGUUGUGAUGAAACUGACACUUGAUCAUGUCCUGGAGUGGGAUGUUCGUGAUGAUAACGCUGAGAUAUUCCCUAUGCCGACGAGAGCUGUUGUUCGUGAGAAAACCAUUGGGCUCAUCGGUCUCGGCUCCUCUGACCGUGAUGCGACUCUGUUCUCGGCCUUACAAAAGCUAUGCCGCGAUUGGUUCCAGAUGGAAAUCCAAUCAGUUGCAGCCUCGCAAGCCCAGUUCGGUUAUUGCGACUUUUACAUCUCUCUCCAAGAUUCUCUGGAUAUUGGACGCGUGCCUAUUUCCACUGGGCCCACUAGGCAGUUGUUUCCGCCUGUCAUCAUCAUCUGUUCGACCCCACGGAUCGCGCACUCAAUGUUCCUGGCAUCCCGGAAGCGAAAGGACGCGGAGGUUCUGGAGUUCAUCAGCCAGCCGUGCGGUCCCCGGAAGUUGGCCAAGACAUUGGAAAUGUGCGCCCAGCGUCAGCAGCGGCGCAUAGAUGCGGUGCGCGACAAUGGCGUCGUGACAGCAACGCCCGCAGACCCCCCUUUACCCCCCACGCCGAGGGAGUUCGACAGGCCGUCAUUUCUCCAGAUGCUGAGUCCCGGGACUAACAUACCACCCAAAUUCGAAUUGAAACGCGAGUUGCCGUUCAGGUCCAAUGGCGGCUCCAUGUCCCCAUCUGAAUCGUCAGAGCCGCUGCAGGAAGAUGGCGGCAACUCUGGUGUCUCAGCCGGUGCCUCGCGUACGUCGGUCAGCCAUUCAAGCGGAGAGCAAUCCCCACCGCCGGAGCAGCCCAGGCAGCCGACAACCGUCCUGCUGGUAGAUGACAACGAGAUCAACCUGAAGCUCCUGGUCGCGUUCAUGAAGAAGCUAGGGUGCAAGUACGCGACUGCGCAAAACGGACAGGAAGCUCUCGACUGCUUCAAGGAGAACCCCCACGACAUCGGCGUUGUCCUUAUGGAUAUCUCCAUGCCCGUCAUGGACGGCCUCGAAUCCACGCGUCUCAUCCGCGAUUUCGAGAAAACGCUCGAGAACAAAGACCGCACCGCAAUUCUGGCGCUGACCGCAGUCGCGCAAACCGAAGUAGAGCGUGACGCGAUGCGGUCCGGCAUGGACACCUUCCUGACCAAGCCCGUCCGCUUAAACAGUCUGGGGCCGAUCAUUAAGGAAAAGGUCGCGACAAGCAAGCCCACGCAGAAAUCCAAAGACGGGGCCGGAGCGUAA